UUUUUAUACUCCUCCUUGAGUCGCCGCUGCUUCAGAAACAAACCAGAGGAGCAAUGGGACGAGUCAUCCGUGCUCAGCGUAAGGGUGCCGGCUCCGUCUUCAAGUCCCACACUCACCACCGCAAGGGACCGGCCCGCUUCCGCUCGCUCGACUUCGGCGAGAGGAAUGGCUACCUUAAGGGCGUCGUGACGGAGGUCCUUCACGAUCCCGGCAGGGGUGCGCCGCUCGCUAGGGUGACCUUCCGCCAUCCUUUCCGCUACCAGAAGCAGAAGGAGCUGUUCGUCGCCGCCGAAGGGAUGUACACGGGACAGUUCGUGUACUGCGGUAAGAAGGCCAACCUAAUGGUCGGAAACGUAUUGCCUCUCAGAUCUAUCCCCGAGGGAGCAGUCGUUUGCAACGUCGAGCACCACGUUGGUGAUCGUGGAGUCUUCGCUAGGUGCUCCGGCGAUUAUGCUAUCGUUAUCAGCCACAACCCUGAUAAUGACACCACUAGGGUCAAGCUUCCAUCUGGUGCUAAGAAAAUCGUUCCCAGUGGUUGCCGUGCCAUGAUUGGGCAAGUUGCUGGAGGUGGAAGGACUGAGAAACCUAUGCUCAAGGCUGGUAAUGCUUAUCACAAGUACAGAGUGAAGAGGAACUGCUGGCCUAAGGUGCGUGGUGUGGCUAUGAAUCCAGUCGAGCAUCCUCAUGGUGGUGGUAACCAUCAACAUAUCGGUCAUGCCAGUACGGUCAGGAGGGACGCUCCACCUGGGCAGAAGGUUGGUCUUAUCGCUGCCAGGAGAACUGGUCGUCUCAGGGGUCAGGCUGCUGCUACUGCUUCCAAGGCAGACAAGGCCUAAUCUCAUCUUUUUUGUUGCAUCCUUGGGAUUUGUCUUUUCGGAGAUUGCUGGUAUUUAGAUAAUUCUGAGAACUGCUUGUUAUGUUUUGUAGUCUUUGUUCUGGUAAGACGUUUAAUCUGUUGGUUCGUAUGGUUAUGGUUUUAUUCCUUGACGAUGGUUUAAGAUAUACUUCUGUGACUUUUUUGUUGGAAUCCAUUCAGUCUUCUCUAGUUUCAUUUCAUUAUAAGG